AUUUCAUUCGGCUACGGCCUCAAAGAGAUCCUCGGAGUCUCUAGGCUAGCCUCUCGAGUGGCUUCCGACUGUCGGGGAGCCUGCGGGGAGCACGAUGUGUCGACCAGAGAUGUUGCGGGCCUGCAUGCAGUGCUCCGCCGAUUAGAGGACCAAGCCACAAAGCCAGAGUCACUUCUGGGACGAGUCGAACGGGAGAUCCGCAAUGCUCUGCCGGAAAUUCGAGAAUCACUCAACUGGAUUACUGCGAAAUUAUCCGCCGGUAACGAAGGGUCUAUACUUACUUCUUACAGUGGGGACGAUAAAGGGGUUUGGAAAGAGCUUCGGAGAGAACUCAUUCUUGAAGGCUUCGCAAGUCCUCACAUCAGUCAGCACAAGGCCAUGAUCAUGGACUAUUUCAGGGAACUUGGAGAAAGA